UGGGACUUGGGCACGUGUGUUAGUUGCCGCCUCGCGAUUCCUGGAUUACCUCUAUCCCUGAUGAAAGUGUAGGAUCGGGACUCUUCAUAUUUAAGGAUGAAGGCGAGAAGAAAUAAAAAACAGAUCCCCAGCUUUCGGAAGUUACUAAAAACUAGUAAAGUCAAACUUGAAAACAAGCUAAAAAAUAAGCAAUUUAAACAACAAAGCACUCUCAAGAAGUACCGAAAAGAACAGAGGAAACUAAGGCAAGCUGUAAAAGAUGCUGUGUCUAAGAAACCGAUCCCACUGGAGGACCCAAAGGAAAAACGACCAGGUAAAAGGAUUGAGCGGGAAGAGGAGGAAGAAGAGGAAGCCCUUCCUUUGGAUAUGAUGGAUGAAGAUGACUUGCAGUUAAUGAGAGACUUAGGACAAAGAGCAUCUUUUCUAACGAGAGAUCUUUCUUCUAGUGAACCUGUUCACGCCAAGAAACGAAAGCAUGAGCGUGUUAUAGAUAAAUAUGAAAAAAUACCAAGAACUCUGCAAACUGCACCAGAGAAGGAACUGAUUCACUUACUUCCUAUCAAGGAUAAAAGUGGUAUAAUCCCACAGACCAGGGAGAAGCCAGUUACAGACAGUAACCAAGAUGAAGAGGAUCAAGAAGAGCUGGAACUUGAGGAAGAGAUUGUUGAAGAUCCCAUUCAAGAGCUGACACUAGAAGAACAUUUGAUUGAGAGAAGGAAGAAAUUACAGGAGAAGAAAAUGCAUAUUGCAGCCUUGGCAUCUGCCAUAUUAUCAGACCCAGAAAGUAACAUUAAAAAAUUGAAAGAACUGCGUUCCAUGCUGAUGGAACAGGAUCCUGAUGUGGCUGUUACUGUUCGAAAGCUGGUGAUAAUUUCCCUGCUGGAGUUAUUUAAAGACAUUACUCCUUCAUACAAAAUACGACCCCUCACAGAAGCAGAAAAAUCUACCAAGAUCCGCAAAGAAACCCAAAAGUUAAGAGAAUUUGAAGAAGGCCUGGUUAGCCAAUAUAAAUUUUAUUUGGAAAAUCUGGAGCAAGUGGUUAAAGACUGGAAGCAAAGGAAACUGAAGAAAAGUAAUGUAGUUUCCUUAAAGGCCUACAAAGGACUGGCGGAAGUGGCCGUGAGGAGCCUGUGUGAGCUCUUGGUGGCACUGCCUCAUUUCAACUUUCACAACAACAUCAUUGUGUUGAUCGUCCCUCUCAUGGAUGACGUGUCAAAAUCGAUAUCUGAAAUGUGUUGUGACGCAGUGAAGAAACUAUUUAAACAAGAUAAAUUAGGCCAAGCUUCCCUUGGUGUGAUUAAAGUGAUUUCUGGUUUUGUGAAGGGCAGAAAUUAUGAGGUUAGGCCAGAGACGUGUAUAACGUAG